UUUGAUACUUUUGCUUGCCAUAGCGCUGAACCAGUCCGCGCGAGGACCGUUUACACACCUGGUGGUAAUUAGGCGUCGUGCGCGCGCCCGCGGCCUCUGAGGGGGCGGGACCUCGUUCACAUCUGCUCCUCUGCGCUCCCCGGGUCUGAUCCAGCCGCGCGGAGGAAAUGUUCGGGCAUGGACGCGGCGGACUGCAGUGACCCGUACGGCCGGCCCGCGCGCAGGACGCAGUGGAUCGUCAGCACGCUGGCGUACCACUACGGACUGGACCGCGGGGUCGAGAACGAGAUCAUAGUCCUGGCCACCGGGCUGGAUCAGUAUCUGCAGGAGAUCUUCCACCACCUGGACUACCGCGGCGCGGGCAGGAUCCCCGCGGGGGACUUCAGCGCGCUGUGUGAAGUUCUGGGACUGCAGCGGGACCCGGACUGCGCCGGGGUGUUGGACGGGUUACCCGGAGAGCUCUCCUUCAGGCUCUUCCACGCCCGGCUGUGCGGAUACUUCAGCUCCAAGGCGGGCUGUCGCUACGAGAACGGGCGGCUGCUGGUCGGGGAGGACGGCGAGCACAUAGAGACUCAGAUCCGGCUGAGGACCCCCCUGAAGCGCCGGGAGAAGCUGCUGUCGGUGGGGGCCGGCGGCGGCUCCUCUCCCUGCGCGGAGGAGCGCCACGCCCCCGGCUGCAGGCUGGGCUCCUGCUCCAGGGAGUGCUACGAGGAGAUCGUGGCGCUGGAGGAGGCCGAGGACCGCAUAGGAAAGCUGGAGGAUGAGAACGCCAGUUUGAGGGAGCUGAUCGAGGACAUGCGCGCCGCCCUGCAGAGCAGCGACGCCCGCUGCCUGGCCCUGCAGGUAGGACUCUGGAAAAGUCGCCUCAAACAGAAAGCAGAAGAAGGAUGUUUUGUUUCGGAGCAGAGAGCUGUGGGUCUGCAGAACACGGUCCAGGAGGUGGGUCUUCUGCACCACUCCAGAGGCUGGCUGGUGGAGGACGCCCUGCGAUGCAGUCAGAGACUGGAGCAGGAGCUGUGGAGCUCCAGGGAGACGGUGGCUGCUCUACAGAGGGAGCAGCUGUCCAUGAGGAAAAAGGUGGAGGAGGCCAGGCAGGCGCUGCGCAUCAGCCUGAGUAAAGUGAAGGAGCUGGAGGUGAAGGCCCGUGAUGUGCCAGCCCUGCAGAGGCACAUCCUGCAGCUGAAGUCAGAACUGCUCUGUCACAGGUCGGAAGCAUCCAAACUACAACUCCCAGGAAGCACUGGGGCAGAGCUGAGUGCCAACACCAGAGCGAGCCGGAGGUGUUGCUCCGACACCCGCCAUGACCGCUGUUCGCCCCCGGGCUGUGCCGUCACUACCCCUGACAAGAUGGAGGAGCAGCUCUUCCGGUCGGUGGAGGGCCAGGCAGCUUCAGAUGAGGAAGAGGAGAAGUGGAGCGACCACCAGCAGAGGCAGGUUGACGAGGUGAAGCGAAUCCUGACACGACUCUCCAGCUGCAGUGAAGGGUGUGAAAACAGGACGAUCAGGAAACUGAGGUCUCAGCUGGAAAGCUCCCGGAGUGAUCAUGGCUGCAGCGCCGUGCUGGAGCUCCUGCGGAGGAGGCUGGAGCUGAAGGAGGCCCAGCCAGAGGUCACCGCGGAUCAGAUGAAGGAGUCUCAGGUCCAGGAGAAGGUCGAGGAGACGGGGCUCCUCCAGGCAGAGCUGCACAUGCUGGAGACGGGGAAGGUUCGCCUGUCGCUGCUGGAGGAGAAGCUUGCAGACGUCCUUCACUUCCUGCAUGAGCUCAGAGACCUGGAUGUCUCCCGGAGGUCCCUCGGGAAGAUCCUGGUGAGCACGUUGGAGUCUGGCAGUGACCCCCAGCACAGCAAAGCCCACAUCCUGGAGGUGCUCAAUGCUCUCUGUCAUGAACUGGCUUCUUGUGAAGUUCUGCCUCCAGGAGGCGCGCUGGAGUCGACCUCAAACCAGCAAACUCUCCUCAUCUCCUGCUAAAACAAGACUGUCCCCCAUAAAACUCUUCAGUUAGGAGUCAAUAACCAGGCUGAUGGAUGUAAAUGAUGUAUCAUAAUGUAGCUCGUAUAGAUGUGAAGCUUUAAUCAUCAUAACAAACUGCUUUCAUUAUAAGAUAAUAAAGUGGUAAAAGACAAA